AAAAAUUUGCUUCCACUUUACUUCUUAACGAAAUCUUUCUCUCCUGCAUUUCCGCUUGCUCUCAUAGUCAAGUCUGCAAAAAUGGCGAUCUACAGAACCCACAGGCCGAAGCCCAAAUCCAGAUCCCCAAUUCUCAUACUCACCUCCGCCAUCGCCGCCAUUGCGCUCUUCUUCCUCUUCUCUUCCUUGCUCUCCACAAAUGGCUUCUUCCUUUCCGCUCCCAAAACCAUAGGCGACCUCAUAGUUCACUCCAGAAUCAGACCCAAGAAAUUGCCCGACAAAUUCCUCUACUGGGGGAGCAGAAUUGACUGCCCUGGAAAGCACUGCGACUCCUGUGCCGGCCUGGGUCACCAGGAGUCCAGCCUCCGCUGUGCCCUUGAAGAAGCCUUGUUCCUUCAAAGAACGCUUGUGAUGCCUUCUAGGAUGUGCAUCAAUCCAAUACAUAACAAGAAAGGGAUUCUUCAUCAAUCUGAGGGUUCAAGUUUAGAUGAAGGGUGGGCAGCUAGCUCCUGUGCUAUGGAUUCUCUGUAUGAUGUGGACCUCAUAUCUGAUACAGUUCCUGUUAUUUUGGAUAACUCGAAAAUGUGGCAUCAGGUUCUGGAGACAAGCAUGAAAUUAGGUUCUAGAGGGGUUGCUCAUGUAAAAGAUGUUAGCCGGACUGAACUCAAAGAAAAUAGCCCAUACUCAGAUAUUUUGCUGAUAAAUCGAACUGCAAGCCCUCUUGCAUGGUUCAUGGAGUGCAAGGAUCGAACCAAUCGCAGUGCUGUCUUGUUGCCAUUUUCUUUCCUUCCUUCGAUGGCCACAAAGAAACUACGAGAUGCAGCGGAAAAGAUCAAGGCACUCAUUGGAGAUUAUGAUGCGAUUCAUGUGCGCAGAGGAGAUAAGAUCAAGACCAGGAAGGAUAGGUUUGGUGUUGAUCGAAGUUUACAUCCCCAUUUGGACAGAGACACACGCCCAGAGUUCAUGCUGUGCAGAAUUGCUAAAUGGGUCCCACCUGGGCAGACACUCUUUAUUGCUUCUAAUGAGAGAACACCGGGUUUCUUUUCACCUCUGGCUGUAAGGUACAAGUUGGCAUACGCGUCAAACUACAGCCAUAUUUUGGACCCAUUGAUCGAGAACAACUACCAGCUGUUCAUGGUGGAAAGGCUUAUCAUGAUGGGAGCGAAAACCUUCAUCCGAACAUUCAAAGAAGACGAUACAGACCUCGCUCUUACAGAUGAUCCUAAAAAGAACACCAAGACAUGGCAAAUACCCGUUAACACAACGGACGCAAACAAUUGCUGAUACUUCUCAUCAAGACUCGCUCUUCUUGUUCCUCUCAUACCAAUUUUUGCUUACACAUCUUUGUUCUCAUGAGUUGUGUUUUAAGAUUAGUUUCAGGAGCGCAAGCUGCUUCAUAUGUUGUAAAUUUUGUGAAUCUUUGAUAGGAAACUGUAUUUAGUUGAAUACACUACAGGGUGUGGAAGGGGUUGAUAAUUUGAUUGUUUUGCCAGAACACACAAAAGGCUUCUGAUUAAUAGUUCAUGUACUGUAUUCUGAAGAGUUAAUUCUAGGUUUAAUUUUCGUGAUU